AUGGCAACUGAUGCAAAGGCAAAUAGACCGUUUCGACUGGCGUUGAUCCAGAUGGGAGGCGUCACAGCCGACAAAACCAGCAAUCUCGCGCAUGCAAGAGAUCUGAUUCACAAAGCCGUCAAUCCACAAAGCGGAGAAAAGCCAGGAGUCGUCGUUCUUCCUGAAUGCUUCAACUCACCAUACGGACACGUACACUUUCCAAAAUACGCAGAGAGUGUCGGAUUCAAAAAGGGAGAAACCUAUGAUGUCUCAAAUUCAAGCAGCGACAGUGUCAAGAUGCUGUCACAAGCUGCGAAAGACUGCGGGGUUUGGCUGAUAGGUGGAUCGAUCCCGGAAAAGGGGGAGGAUGGAAACCUCUAUAACACGGCCACGAUAUACAACCCUCGUGGAGAGUUGGUGGCUAUCCAUCGCAAGAUACACCUCUUCGAUAUUGAUAUACCUGGGAAGAUUACAUUCAAGGAGAGCACUACUCUCACUGGAGGCUCGGAGCUCACCCACGUCGACACCGAUUAUGGUCGCAUUGGAGUCGGCAUUUGUUAUGACGUGCGCUUCCCAGAGCUUGCAAUGAUUGCAGCACGAAAAGGGUGUAUAGCAAUGAUCUACCCUGGUGCAUUCAAUCUGACGACGGGUCCGCUGCACUGGGAGCUUCUCCAGCGAGCACGUGCCGUGGACAACCAAAUAUAUGUCUCAAUGUGCAGUCCUGCGCGUGAUAUGACUGCUGGAUAUCACGCCUGGGGUCAUUCGACAGUCGUCGAUCCAAUGGGUGCCGUCAUCGCAACUACGGAGCAUGACGAAGACAUUGUCUAUGCAGACAUUGAUCCUCAAAAGAUUGCCGAGACUCGGGCAGGAAUCCCGGUCACGACUCAACGACGAUUUGAUGUUUACAAAGACGUCGCAGAUUUCUGA